AUGCAAAGACUUGAGCGAAUCACCAAGUUACUUAGAGGACUCUAUCCCGAAGGCCGAGUUGAGAUAGUCGAUCAAACACACGAACAUAUUGGACAUAGAGAGAUUGCUCAUGAUUUAUCUCCAUCUGGAACACAUUUAGCUAUAACUGUGUACGAUUUGAGCUUUAAAAACCGGAGAACUCUAGACAUACAUCGGGAAAUCAACCGCCAUUUAGCCGAAGAGUUUGAAAAGGGCCUACAUGCCGCCUCAAUUCGCUGCAUAGAUAACUUACCGCAGGACUCUUGA